AUGGCGGCCGCCCUGCUGUGCCACGUUCGGUGGCUCCUCGUCGACCGCCCCGCCGUCGCCUCCUUCCACUGGCGCCCGGGCACCACGCUCGCCGCCUCCCCAUCCUUCGCCGCCGCCGCCGUCUGCGCAUACCUCGCCGCGGUGCUCCUCCUCCACCGCCGCGUCGUGCCGCUCCCAUCCCUCCCACCGCGCGUGCUCCGUGCCGUCUCCGCGGUCCACAACGUGGUCCUCCUCUCCGUCUCCGCCGCGAUGGCCGCGGGCUGCGUGCUCUCCACCGCCGCCACGGCGCCGUCGCCGCGGUGGGUCUUCUGCUUCCCGCCGGGCGCCACGCCGCCGUCCGGCCCGGUCUUUUACUGGGCGCACGUCUUCUACCUCUCCAAGAUCUACGAGCUCGGCGACACGCUGCUCAUCCUGCUCGGCCGCCGCCCGCUCACGCUGCUCCACGUCUACCACCACGCCGUCGUCAUCGCCAUGUGCUACCUCUGGCUCGCCACCAGCCAGUCGCUCAUGCCCGUCGCGCUCGUCACCAACGCCACCGUCCACGUCGUCAUGUACACCUACUACCUCUGCUGCACCCUGGGCCUCCGCUGGCCGCCGCGCUGGAAGCGCGCCGUCACCGAGCUGCAGAUCGUGCAGUUCGUCUUCAGCUUCGCGGCCUCCGUGGUCAUGCUGUGGUUCCACUUCGCCGGCGGGGGCUGCGAGGGGAUGGCCGGCUGGGCGUUCAACGCCGUCUUCAACGCCUCGCUGCUCGCGCUCUUCCUCGAUUUCCACGGCGCCGCCUACGCCGCCGCCAAGGGCAAGAAGAGGAGCAGCAGCAAUGGGAAGAAAGCAGAGUGACGACGUGCGCCUGAAGAGGGAAGCGAAUUGAAGCUUAGUUAUUUCUGAUUGAUUUUAGGCCUUUUAAUUUGUGAAUGUAAUUAAUGGCUUUCCAUUUUUUACAUUUAUGUUUAAAAUUUUCCAAGUCAUAUGAUGUUCAUGUUGCAAUCUUAAACUGAGAAUUGCAGCGAAGUGA